AUGGCCACCGAGGGCAUGAAGCAGGCCAUCCUCGAUGCCGUCUCGGUUUAUACUAAGCCGGAGGGCAAGGUGUUCGAGUAUGGAACUGCAGGGUUUCGAAUGAAAUCUGAAUUGCUCAAUACGGUUGUGUUCGGCGUUGGCCUGCUAGCCGGAUUACGUUCCAGAAAGCUGAAGACUCAAACCAUUGGCGUAAUGAUUACUGCGAGUCACAAUCCGGCGGAUGACAAUGGCGUAAAACUCAUUGAUCCCAUGGCUGAAUGGGAAGCAUAUGCCACCAAACUCGCGAAUACCCCGCUUGAAAAGCUUGGAGAUGUGUAUGAAGAGCUCAUCAAAGAGAUCGAUGUCACAUGGACACCUUGGUCGAGUUUCGGUGUGCUUACGGCUGCACUGAAUGCGACUGGCAUCGAAUACACCGACUUUAAGUACUUGACCACUCCGCAGCUUCAUUAUAUUGUCCGCUGCCAGAACACGCUGGGCACUCCGUAUGAAUAUGGCGAACCAACCGAGCAAGGAUAUUAUGAAAAAAUUAGCAAGGCGUUUAAGACUGUUAUGAAAGGCCGAACCACCAAUGGCCCGGUCACAGUUGAUUGUGCCAAUGGUGUCGGUGGACCGAAGCUCAGAGAGCUCAUCAAAUGCGGAGCAGAUUACGUGAAAACAAGGCAGCGAGCUCCGCCCUCGUCCAAAGCCGCAGUCAACGAUCGUUGCGCUUCCCUGGACGGGGACGCAGACCGGCUAGUUUACUAUUAUCUCGACACAGGAAACAUCUUCAAGCUCCUCGACGGAGAUCGCAUUGCGACUCUAGCUGCUUCUUUUAUUGGAGAACUGGCACGUAACGCUGGUAUCGCCGAUAAGCUCAGGAUUGGUGUUGUUCAAACCGCAUAUGCAAAUGGAGCCAGCACCCAGUAUAUUGAGAAAGUUUUAAAACUUCCGGUUGUCUGCACUCCAACUGGCGUCAAACAUCUUCACCACGCCGCGAUGAGAUUUGACGUCGGUGUCUAUUUCGAAGCUAAUGGGCAUGGCACUAUCACCUUCUCAGAGCAGGCCCUUAAAAUCAUCCGCUCGACUGAGCCCAAGUCACCAGCUCAACAGUAUGCAUUGCAAAGUCUCAUUGGGCUUACCGAACUUAUCAACCAAGCAGUCGGAGAUGCACUUUCUGAUCUGCUCCUGGUUGAGGUUAUCCUUGCGCACAAAUACUGGACUCCAAAAGAGUGGAUUUCAACUUAUACUGAUCUUCCAAAUCGCCUUGUUCGUAUUGAAGUCGCUGAUCGAUCGAUUUUCAAGGCGGUUGAUGCUGAACGCAAGCUGGAGUCUCCUCCUGGCCUUCAGCAACGAAUCGAUGCUCUUCAAUCACGCUACAACAGGGGCAGAAGCUUUGCUCGUGCUAGUGGAACAGAAGAUGCAGUACGCGUUUAUGCUGAGGCUGCUAGUCGAUCUGAGGCAGAUGACCUGGCCACGCGUGUUGCUGCUGUUGUUCAGGAAGCCGGCAAAGCUGGUAAGCCAUAA